GCCGCCGCGACUUGAGGGCGAGCUCGGCGGCUGCCCCGCGCUUCUCUGCGCUUCGCUCCUCGUCGCUCCGCACCUGGCCGCGCGGCUCCGGGCCCGCCGGUGGGAUUACGGCGGCCGCCUCGCCGCAGCCAACGUCCAACCCGCGCCCCGCAGGAAAUUAAGAGCUCACGGAAAGCUUUAAAGAGGAGUUUUCUGGAAAGGAAAUAAUACCUUGGUGUCUUUUUAUGAAGAAGACCACCUGAAUUGUGUAACAUUCCUACGGUUGGGACCUGCCUUCAGCGUGCAGUGCAGGAGGAAUUCUUUCCUGCAUUACAAAUUGGGAAGAAGUGUUAAGAGUGGGAGCUGGAAAAUGGUUCUCUCUGAGAGGUGUGGAUGUAUCAGGAUGUAGCUGCUGUACAAAGUUUAUCCUUGGAUAACUCUGGACACAGAUAAACCUCCAUUGCUGACCUCCUGAAGAGGCGAUCCUUGUUCAGGCCCCAGCAUAAUGAAUAGUUUCCAUCACGCGGCGCUCAAGCUCCAACCUCCCAACUACAGCAUCCCACAAAAGAGCUUGUACAAGUUACAAAGAAAGUAAUUCUUGUUAAAGGCAUUAAACCAAACAAAAGAGGCUCUCCAUUCACAGACUUUACAUGAGAACAGAAACAGAAGGAAGUUGAAGCUUUUCUGCUCCUUGGCCGGUGUGCUUACGUACCAUGGUAAAGCUUUGUUGGGUUGCCCCCAGAGCAUAGUGCCUGGAAGAGAGCACCACCAGGAAGGGGCAGCCGAGGGAGAAGCCAUCCAUGGAGUGAAGUAUAAGAGCAAGAGAGGAAUUUGUUUGCUGGAUAUCCUCAAGCACAAAAUUUACUCUUACCUUUAAAUACGAUUUUGAAGAUCAGAACUGUAUACAGAUCUCAUCAUUCCUGACCAUGAUUACUGUACCCUGGAGCGUCUUCCUAAUUUGGACUAAAAUAGGGCUGUUACUUGACAUGGCACCUUAUUCUGUCGCUGCCAAACCGUGCCCAUCAGUAUGUCGCUGUGAUGUGGGUUUCAUAUAUUGUAAUGAUCGCGAUUUGACAUCUAUUCCUACAGGAAUCCCAGAGGAUGCUACUAACCUCUUCCUUCAGAACAAUCAAAUAAAUAAUGCUGGGAUUCCGUCCGAACUGAAGAACUUGCGUAGGGUGGAGAGAAUAUUUUUAUACCACAACAGCCUAGAUGAAUUCCCCACUAACCUCCCUAAGUACGUCAAAGAACUGCAUUUGCAGGAGAAUAAUAUAAGGACCAUCACUUACGAUUCACUUUCACAAAUUCCUUAUCUGGAAGAACUGCAUUUGGAUGAUAAUUCUGUUUCCGCUGUUAGCAUUGAAGAUGGAGCUUUCAGGGACAACAUCUAUCUCAGACUUCUUUUUCUCUCUCGAAAUCACCUUAGCACCAUUCCCUGGGGUUUGCCUAAAACAAUAGAAGAGCUACGCUUGGAUGAUAAUCGUAUUUCCACGAUUUCAGAGCUGUCCCUUCAAGACCUUACAAAUCUAAAACGCCUUGUUCUAGAUGGAAAUCUUCUAAAUAACCACGGAUUAGGAGACAAGGUCUUUAUGAAUCUAGUCAAUCUUACAGAACUGUCAUUGGUUCGCAAUUCACUUACAGCCGCACCAGUAAAUUUGCCAGGAACAAACCUAAGGAAGCUUUAUCUGCAAGAAAACCAUAUCAAUCACGUGCCACCCAAUGCUUUCUCUUACUUAAGGCAGUUGUAUCGACUAGAUAUGUCCAAUAACAAUCUCAGCAAUUUACCUCAGGGUGUCUUUGAUGACCUGGACAACAUAACUCAGCUGUUUCUUCGCAACAACCCUUGGCACUGUGGGUGCAAAAUGAAGUGGGUCCGUGACUGGUUACAGUCAUUGCCUUUGAAAGUGAACGUACGUGGGCUGAUGUGCCAGGCGCCGGAAAAAGUGCGCGGAAUGGCUAUCAAAGACCUGAACGCGGAACUGUUCGAUUGUAAGGAUGACAUGAGCACCAUCCAGAUCACUACUGCGGUACCCAACACGCUGUACCCGGCCCAGGGACACUGGCCGGUUUCUGUGACCAAACAACCAGACAUCAAGACCCCCAACCUAAACAAGAACUACAGAACCACGGCCAGCCCAGUACGCAAGAUCAUUACAAUAUUUGUGAAAUCGGUGAGCACAGAGACCAUCCACAUCUCCUGGAAAGUUGCGCUGCCAAUGACAGCCUUACGGCUCAGCUGGCUCAAGAUGGGCCACAGCCCUGCCUUUGGAUCUAUAACUGAAACCAUCGUAACAGGGGACAGGAGUGACUACCUGCUUACAGCACUCGAACCAGAGUCGCCAUACCGCGUGUGCAUGGUCCCCAUGGAAACCAGCAACAUCUAUCUCUCUGACGAGACACCUGAAUGCAUCGAGACCGAGACAGCUCCCCUCAAGAUGUACAACCCGACAACCACACUCAACCGGGAGCAGGAAAAGGAGCCCUACAAGAACUCCAGCGUGCCUCUGGCCGCCAUCAUCGGUGGCGCGGUGGCACUGGUGGCCCUGGCACUGCUGGCCCUGGUGUGCUGGUACGUCCACAGGAAUGGGGCCCUCUUCUCCCGGCACUGCGCCUACAGCAAGGGGCGCAGGAGGAAGGACGACUAUGCUGAGGCGGGUACCAAGAAGGACAACUCCAUCCUAGAAAUCAGGGAGACUUCUUUUCAGAUGAUACCCAUCACUAACGACCAGGUGUCCAAGGAGGAGUUUGUAAUACACACCAUUUUCCCCCCUAAUGGCAUGAAUCUGUAUAAGAACAGCCACAGUGAAAGCAGUAGUAACAGGAGCUACAGAGACAGUGGUAUUCCAGAUUCAGAUCAUUCACACUCAUGAUACUGAAGGACAUGAAAGACUGGUUUGGUUUUGGUUGGUUUGUUGUUUGGUUUUUUUUAAAAAAAAAAAAAAUGAGAAAAGACUGACUUUUAACGGUUGCUGUUCUACUGCAAAACACUGGAUUAAAGACUGACAAAGCAAUGUACUGUACAUUUGCCAUAUAAUUUAUAUUUAAGAACUUUUUAUUAAAAGUUUCAAAUUUCAGGCUACUGCUGCGAUUAAUGUAGUGGGGAUACCUGACCACAAUUCUAUAUUUUAGUAUUUUUUAGUAAUUUGUACUGUAUUUUCCUUGCUAAUAUUGAAGUUACAGACCAUUUAACUUUUGUGUUCUACUGAGUAAGAUGACUUGUUGACUGUGAAAGUGAAUUUUCUUGCCGUGUUGAGCAGUCAGAACAUUCAUCUGAGAUCCUUGUAAGUGUAAGCACAGGCCAUUUUUCACUUUGGUAUUAAUAAAAUAAUGUUAAACCUGGCAAAUCAGGAAGAUCAAGAAGCGGUUGCAAAAACUCACAGAACUUAAAUGUUGGGUCUAUUAAAUCUGUAAACCACAACAAUAUUCAAUAAACAAAAAUGCGUGUAGUAAUGGGCAAUAUCAGCUGUCUGGAUACAUCCAUCCAUCCAACAAUGGUGAAAUCCAAUCUAAAAAGAAAAUAAUCAAAUCGAUUACGUGCAUGAGACUGAAACUGUUGGCACGUGUAAAAAGAAAAAAACUGACCCUUGGAAGAAAGCAUAACAAAAUUCCUAACAAGGAAUUCUAAAGAAAUGCGCUAGGCUCCAGUAACCAAGGGCUAGAUAGGGUGUAACAGUAGAUUUCUAGUUAUCAACACCAGUGGUCUGUUUGUUAGAGAGAAAAUGGUGAUGGAUGGCCACAGACAUUUGGAAGGCAGUGGCAGGGGGACAGGGAGAACACUGAGCAACUGUUCUUCAGCAGAAGGGCUAGAAGUACAGUUUCAUAAGGAAAACAAACAGGAUGAAAAGCAGGCAAUGCAAGCAGCGUCUCAUAAAUUUUAGUCACCCAGGUCAAAAGAAAAUUGGGGAAUUCAGCUAUUGUAAAGCAUGUACUCGAACAUUCUGUAGGUAUGCGUUAACCAUACUGCCAUUACAGUCAGGAAUACUGCCCAUUACUGUCACAGUUUUCCAGAAAUUCCUUGCUAAAUCUGUAAAGUAACGUUUCUUUCUGCCUUCCUGCUGAACUACACGCUAUUUCAUGUUUAAACCCCAAGCCACACUUAGUUGCCAUAAUCAUUUGUCUUUUCAACUGAAAACCAAAGUGCAUUGUACGCCCUUUGGCCAGUCUUGUAUGUGCCUUGAUCCAAUGCUACAUGUAUCAAGUUUUUUAAAACAAAGCAAAAAACCCUAAAAAAAUAAAAUACCCACUUUUUCAUACGUAACUUAAA